AUGGCUACAUCUCCAGAUCUCCCUCAAUUGCCCCCUGAGAUGAUUGCUGCCCUUGCAAAGGAGGAUCAGUCACCGCAGAUCAUCGGCGUCGUCGCGGCCUUCACUGCGAUUGCCUUCGUCUGCGUGGUGCUACGGUUCUUUGUUCGCAUCACAAUGGUGCGCAUAGUAGGUAUGGAAGACUACUUCAUGGCAAUAUCAAUGCUCUCGUCGAUAUUUACCUCCGUCUGCCUGAUACAAGGUGCAAGACUUGGCAAUGGAAGGCACAUGAUCAACGUUCCCAUGACAAACGGGAAAAGGAUUUUUCUGUACCUUUUCUUCGGUAUCCUUACAUACCAUAUCAGCUUGACCGCGACCAAAUUGUCCAUCCUGCUUCAAUACAGGCGCAUCUUCACCCUGAAGAAUUCGAGAAUAGUGAUAUACAUAGCCAUGGGCAUAUGCACCGCCUGUGGCCUCACGGCCAUCGUCAGUGCCAUUUUCACCUGCGUGCCCGUGGACGCCUACUGGAAUUUCACGAAGAGGCCAUUCUCCAAGUGUGUCAAUCAGGACGCCAUGUACCACGCCAAUGCCGGCAUAAACAUGUUCACCGAUCUUCUCGUGGCUGUUCUUCCUAUUCGCAAUCUGUGGACACUGCGGAUACCGUUACGCCAGAAGAUCGCCGUUGUCAUACUGCUGACUCUCGGUUGGUUCGUCGUCAUCAUUUCAGUGCUGCGCCUUGUCUUCCUCGUCAAGGUCGCACAGCAUCCCGAAGAUACAACAUGGUAUGGCGGUCCUGUCGCCUUGUGGUCCGCUCUUGAAAUCAACCUCGCCAUCGUAUGCGCCACGACGCCAGCACUCAAGCCCCUGAUCGUCAAGGUCCUCCCCAACUUCGGCACACGGUUCGGGACGAUACAGCCGAACGACGUUUCGGGACAGAUUCCAACCAUCACGACCCACAGCCAAAGGAACAACGCCAACUUUGUGCGACUAAAGGGCAUGCCGAGCCAUUCGAGUAUGGGCGAUGCUGUUCACCUCAAAAGUGGGGCUGGUACCGUGCUCGAGCAGAGUCAUGGUCAUGACGAGUGGAAGGAAAUUCGUGUUACGCGGGAUGUCGAGCAGGGCUCGAUAAACGACGAUGGGAUAAGUGAUGAGAGCCCCAGAUCGUAUAUCCAGUAUCCCCCGCCGGCAUGGCCACUGCAGUCAAGUCGAUGA